CCCCCUCUUGACCUUCCCCUGGACCCAAGGGUGUGCCAUGCAAAUUUUGGCUGCUUUAGCUCUUACAGGGACUGAAUGCAUAGAGAACAAACAAACAAACAAACUUUCUUCUUUAUAUAUAUAGAUAAUGCAAGUUACGUUAAAAUAACGUUAAAAUAAUAUAACUGUUUCUACAUAUUUUUAAAUAUGUAGAAAGACUUAAAAGUCUUUCAUUCUGUAGGAAAUACACGUUCUCUUUUUCUUCUUCUUUAGUUUUCUCUGGGAAUCGAGAAGUAUGCCAACUGGAAUUUCGUUAAUUGUCGAAGAUUCACUUGACUUUCGCAAACUCUAAACUUUCGCCAAUAUCAUCAGUGUACUUUCGCUAAUUGGCAAGAGGACACUGAACUUUCGCCAAUACUACCCAUGGAUUUUCGCCAAUAAUUCAGUUGCAUUGUCUCAUAAUGCAAAUUACAAUGUUUUUAAACAAAAAAUAACAUGACUUGCAUUGAGAGACAAUACAAUCCAAGCCAUAAUUGGCGAAAGCCAAGUGGACAUUCGCCAAUUGGCGAGAGGGCACUGAACUUUCGCCAAUACUUCCCAUGGCCGCUCGCCAAUUGGCGAAAGUCGAGUGGUUCUUCGACAAUUGGCGAAAGUCAUAUUGGCGUACUUCCGUGAUACCUUUUCUCUUUUGUUUCUUAUAAUUUUUGGUGUUUUCACGCUUGAAAUUAUCUGAUAAAUUAUAAUUUUGAUCAGAUAUUGUCGUUUUUGAAGUUGAUAACGAAACAAUCGUCUCAUUAGAUACAGAUGACGAAGAAGAAGAAGACUCCGCUUGA